UCUUCAUCCAAUUCAACAUCCUAAAAAUUAUGGAUAAGGAGGAGAAGGAAAUUGCUGAGCGCAGUAGCUAGCUGUUGUUGAGUGUUUUGAGCCAUGGCUGGGAUCACCACCAGCUGCGCAUCCAAAGCUAUGCUAUCCCGAACCACAUAUAAAACGACGCCGUCUCCACUCUCACUCUCACUCUCACUCUCCUCCGUGGAGUCCAAACUCUUCGGCCUUCGUUUUAAUAACUCCUCCAGCUGUUUUAGCUGUCUCUCCUCAACCGUCAGCAGCCCAAUAACCGCCCGUUUCGGCGGUGGGCCGCGUUUUCCCGGCAAUGACCCCAGGCGCUCACGGAAGAGCGACUCCGAUGAGGACGAGGCCCUUGAUAUCUCCUCUAUCAGGUCAGAUACCGUGAGGCUAAUUGAUGCGAAGCAGAACAUGGUUGGAGUGGUCUCUAAAAGGGAGGCUAUUCGACUGGCUGACGAUGCUGAACUUGAUUUGGUAAUAUUAUCUCCAGAAGCAGAUCCUCCAGUUCUCAGGAUAAUGGAUUACAAUAAAUAUAGGUAUGAACAACAAAAGAAGAAAAGAGGCCAGCAGAAGAAAAGUGCAGCAAGCCGCAUGGAUUUGAAGGAGCUCAAAAUGGGUUACAACAUUGACCAACAUGAUUACUCUGUGCGUUUGAGAGCUGCCCAGAAGUUUUUGAAAGAUGGUGACAAGGUCAAGGUUAUUGUCCACUUGAAAGGCCGUGAAAAUGAUUUUCGAAAUAUUGCUAUUGCACUUAUCAAACGCUUCCAGAAUGAUGUUGGGGAGCUGGCAACAGAGGAAGCCAAAAGCUUCAGCGACAAGAACAUGUUUAUAGUUUUAGUUCCCAACAAGGCUAUUCUACAGAAAGCUCAAGAACCGCCCCCGAAGAAGAAAGAAAACUCUGCACCUGCAGUGAAUGAAAUAUCAGCUGGUGUCUGAGUGGACUUGAGUUUGAAGCAGGUUUUACAUAUAGUUGUUCUCUCGGGACACGUGCUUUCGAAGACAAGGAAUAUGGCCAGGGGAAAGUAUAUGCGAUUGCAUCAUCAAAUAGUCUCGAUUGCUUAUUUGGCCAGGUGCUGGAUGAUUGCUGUUGAAGCAGAUUAAGUGAUCAAACCUGGUUAUGCAUAUUGUUAUUCAAAUGCUUAUUAUUAUUAUCCAACGUUCUUUUGCAUAUGUAAAGUAGGAGAGACUGGCAUGAUGUUAAUUCGACCCCAGUGAAGCAAAGCGUCCAGAACAUGUGCUAGUGAGUUGUAAUAGGUUGCUGGUUAAUUAUAUAGAAGUUGGGGUGUUUUGCUAA